UUUUGUUGCAUAAAGUGAUCCAGAGAUCUGCAUCAAUAUUGCUUGAAGAUACUUGGUUCCUAAAACACAUGUUGGUUGGGGCAUACUAAUGUCAGGCUGAUACAACAUAUAUUGAGCUAAUUUUGGGAGAGAUUGUUAAUUGGUAUGAUGGAAUGCAACAGAGAAGAGGGCUUAAGAGCAAGGCAAAUUGCUUUAUUGAAGCUUGAAAAGAAAGACUUUUGGGGUGCCCAAAGGAUUGCACUUAAAGCUCAAAGGCUUUAUCCAGAGCUUGAGGACUUGUCCCAGCUGUUAGCUGUCUGCGAAGUCCAUUGUGCAGCAGAGGCAGAGAUCAAUGGAGACUUGGACUGGUAUGGUAUUCUUCAAGUGGAAGCAUCAGCAGAUGACAUGGUCAUACAGAAGCAAUACUGCAAACUUUCCUUUUGGCUUCAUCCUGAUAAAAAUAUUCUUCCUGGUGCUGAAGCUGCUUUCAAGUUGGUUUCCAUGGCUCAUAAAAUAUUGCUUGAUCCUAUGAUGAGAUUUCUGUAUAACAUCAAAACACAGUUUGUUAUCAGAGAAGUGGCAAAGAAGGCUACACAACUAUCAGAUGAUACUUAUGCAGACAAAGGUGAUACAAUAGGACAUAGGGUCCCAUCUGAUUUUAUAUUGGUGUUCAGGACCAUAUGUCCACACUGUCAAAAGCAAUUUCUUUUCUACCGACGGAACUUUUUGGUCCGCUGUGAUGGCUGUGACAAAACCUUUUUCACGUUCAAGCUGCAUGAGGAGACUGUGCCCUUGAGAUUCCUACCAGCUGCACCUUAUAAUGCUCAAGUUUCAUCCGAGAUGUUUUCAUGUCGCCCCAUUCAAUGGCUUGAAUACACAAAGCUUCGAACUACAGGGAGGGAGAUGCAUUCCAGACCACCAAUGAAUGCCACACAAAGUGAUGAACAUGUAAAAUGGGAUGGUGGGCCAUGUGAUGAUAGACAAGGAAACUGCUUAGAGACAAAAGGCGAGGCAGUUCAGUUAUCAGCAGUGAACCCAAUUAACUCUCCUGCACCUGCUGUAGGUAAGGAAACAACUGAAAGCCUGCCACAGGAACCAAACUUUGUUGCCACUCAGAAUAUGAGAGAAGAUGCACCUGCAGUGUCAAAUGCCACAGGAUUGUCCAAUCUUCAGUGGUUUGGCAAGAGAAAGCAAGAUGAUGGCACUAACAGUAGCCACAACAUGGACUGCUGUAACAAUAAGAGGCAGAGGAACUUUGAUUCAGUCUCCAAUGCCAAGUUGAGUGAUCAUAAAGUGUAUAGUGAGAAUGCUGCUGGUGUUAGCAAUCAAUCUUCUGCUCAUCACCCCAGCAAAGUUUGCAACCCAGAGGAAGGAGACACGACACAUGAAGAAAAUCAGCAAAUUUACAGGAAAGGUACUUCUGAUAUUUCUACCCAGAGGUCAGCUGGGAAUUCUAUGAUUUCCUGCAGUUGUCCUGAUAUCUUUGAUUUCGAGUACUUCAGGGAUGCCAAAAGGUUUGCAGUUGGUCAGAUUUGGGCUCUUUAUGAUAAACGUGAUGUCAUGCCAAGAUUUUAUGCUCAGAUAAAGCAUUUUGAUGCUUCCAACUUCAAAAUACAUUUUACUUGGCUGGAACAUGUUGCAAUGGAUGAACAAGAGAAGAAAUGGACUGAUAAAAAACUGCCUGUUGCUUGUGGAAACUUCCGCUUACAGGAAACAAUAGAUACAUCACAAGACAGGUUCAUGUUUUCUCACAUUGUUGCAUGGACAAAAGGUAAGAAAGGAAACUUGUACAGCAUAUAUCCUAAUGGGGGUGAGGUGUGGGCUCUUUACAAGGGAUGGGGCAUGCAAUGGAGCUCAGAUGCAGGUAACCAUGGAUCCUUUGAGUAUGAGGUUGUGGAAGUCUUGUCAACUAUGUCAGCUAAUGAUGAUGCCACCGUUAUCCCAUUGGUCAGGAUUAAUGGUUUUGUCAGUUUAUUCGCGCAAGCUAAGGGCAAAUCCUCAUUUGUUAUACCAUCAAGUGAGCUACUUCGAUUUUCGCACAGCAUUCCCUUUUAUAGAACGAAUGGAACUGAAAAGGUUGGUGUCCCAGAAGGUUUUAUGGAACUUGACACUGCAUGUCUCCCAGCUGACCUGGAUGCAGCAUUUUCUUCUGUCUCUCUUGUCUCUUACAUGUUUCUCGGCAGUAUGAUAGGCAACAUUGAUUUGACUGCUGAAACUACAGAUAGUGAAAUGGAUUCUGGAGAUGAGCCGAUUGCUCGAAAGGAGAAUCCCUCGGAACCAAAUGUUUACCACCCAAUUUCUACAGAUGACACUAAUGAUAUUUCUUCUGAACAAAAUACAUUGUUGCAGAAAAAUGCCCAUGUUGCCAAUGAAUUUGGAGAGUCCGUUCAACAAAACUGCUUGUCCUCCAAUCGUUAUCCAUAUCCUGACUCUGAUUUCCAUGAUUUCGAGGAAGGCCGCUCGUGCAAGAAGUUUAAACACGGACAAAUAUGGGCUAUAUACAGCGAUGUUGAUAAAUUCCCCAAUUUCUAUGCCUGGAUAAGAAAAGUCGACCCAGAACCUUUCAGGGUGCAUUUGACCUGGCUUGAGGCUUGCCCUCAAUCAGAGCAGGAGAAACGGUGGUUAGAGCAGGACAAACCUAUCAGCUGUGGUACAUUUGAAGUUCGGAAGUGGAGAACCAAGUAUGAUACAACUGGUUUUUUCUCCCAUUUGGUAGAUGCUAGACAAACUGGCAUUAAGUGGCAAUUUGAGGUUCUUCCACAAGUUGGUCAGAUCUGGGCCAUCUACAUAAACUGGGCACCUGACUGGGUUCCAUCCAGCAACGAUACUUGUGAAUUUGCUGUCGGUGAGAUCAUUGAGUGCUCUGAAGCUGGUACAAAGCUUACUAUGCUCACUCAAGUUGGUGGCUUCAGAUGUGUCUUUAAACCCAACGAUAGAAAGGAAGUCCUAGAGAUUCCUGCUAGAGAGAACUUGAGGUUCUCCCACCGCAUACCCUCGUACUGUCUGACCAAAGAAAGAGGUGGCACGCUAUGGGGCUUCCAUGAGCUUGAUCCAGCUUCUCUCCCUGAUGUCUUCUUGUACGGGGACACGUGAUGACGUUCUUGUUUGGAAAUAUUGAAGCUGAAUGGGAGUAGAGCUGGACCUAAUUAUCACUAAGAAUAUAAUGGCUUUUUAUGUUCUGUUAUCGAAACCUUUUAGUGUACAUAUGUGCCAUUCAGUUUAGUCUCACUGAAAACCAAAACCAUGCUAACAUGUUAAUUGGAGGGCGUCCUUUGUUCUUCAUUUGCCAUUCUGUACUAAGGGCAAGCCC